UUAGGUGCCAUUGCCCCAGAGCUAAAUGAUGAGGUGACAGCCACCUGCCAGACCCAGCCAUUUGGUCUGCUGUGUGAUGAAUCAACAACACUUCAGAAAGAGAAGGAGCUCGUUAUUUUGGCUCGUCUAUAUGAUGAAGAUAGUCUUGAGGUGGUCACUAAAUUUAUUGAUUUGCCAGUCUGCAAUGUUGGAACAGCAGACAGCAUUUUUGAGAAGCUGGCAACCUCUUUAACAACCAGAGGAAUAACAUGGGAUAACCUGGUGGCCUUCAACUCGGAUAACUGCAAUGUUAUGAAGGGAAGGCACAAUUCAGUUAUCACAAAAUUGAAAGCAAAGCAGCCUCACAUCCAGGAUGUGGGCUGUGUUUGCCACCUCGCCCAACUUGCCACAGGCUGCGGCAUCAAGGCCAUGAAGGCCCCAGUGGAACAGUUGUUGGUCGGGGUAUACUCCCACUUUGAUAAAAGCGCAAAGAGAAAUGAACUCUACAAGGAGUUUGUGGAGUUCACCGACACAGACAAACUGAAGCUAUUAAGAUACUGUUCAACAAGAUGGCUCAGCCUCCACACGUGCAUUCUGAGAAUGUUAAAUCAGUGGCCUGCUCUUCAGGCCUACUUUAACAGCUACGAGGACGAGACUAGUGUUAAAGUUAGGGAUCUGGCAGGCUACCUCAAUGAUCCUGAGAUGAAGUUUGAUUUUCUUUUUCUGAGUGCUGCUCUCAAGCCAUUGGUUGCAUUCAACACUGCCUUCCAGGGAGAGGGGGUGCUGAUACACAAACUCCACAACGAGAUGACUAGACUGGUGAAGAGGUAUUUGGGCUACAUUCUCCCAGCCAGAGCCAUAGCGAAUAUCCCAGUCAGAGAGGUGUCACUCGGUCAGGAACACCAGCUGAAAAAUGAAGAUCUUUUCAUUGGAGCUGAGGCCAGAGCAUUCCUUGAGAAAGAGGAACUACCAUCGGUCACAAUGACCAAAAUCUAUCAGACAGUCAGGGACUUCUACGUGGAAGCCAUAAGGAAGAUGCUCAAGGCCUUCCCCCUUGAUUCUCCUUUGCUUCAAGACCUGGAUGUGCUGGACCCAGCCUCUCGCCUAGACCUCUCUCCUGAAACAGGUUGA